GCUGCACAAUCAGUGCUAUCAUGAUGUGCUAUUUUUGGCUCCUGAGUACAUCUCAGGCAGUGCCAUCCUUCCCACGCCAGCCCUGGUACAAAGAGCAGAGACUCCUCUUUCCUCUCCCCUGUCCUCUGUGGCCGCUCCUCCGGCUCUGUUCCCACUGCAGAGGGGUCUCUGGGCGCUUCUCCCUGCUCCUCCUCAUUUUCCUGGGAAAGGGGCUUUCCAUCCAAAGCUUCGUGUGGGAGGUUUCCUGUUGGCAUCCAGAGUACAUGUCCCAAAUAUGUCCAGCCUCACCCUCUGAUCCUAGUGCCAAAGAGCUGCAGGUUUUCCAAAAUGUGAUGUGUAAGAAAACCUAUUUAUCUCCUGUACUCUGGCAUCUGAGACUCCCAGAUUGCGGUCAAUGGAACAUAAUCCUGCUUCUGCAGCCCAAGGAGGGGGUGUGUGAAAUGACAGAUGACAGUAGCUAUCCUCCUUCCAUACUGAGGAAAAGGCCACCUGUGGACCAAGGUGUGGGGGAAAAGCGGAGAGCAGAGAGAAGGGUUCGAUUUCGUGAGCCAGAAGAAGUCAUUGAACAUGUCAUUUCCUGCUGUGACUACGUAGUGGCAGAUGACAGGACAUCAUCUGGAUUGCCUGUGCUCCUGGGGCUCUCGUUUUGUGCGGUGCUGAUCCUUGCUGUGAGUCUCUACUACACCAGCAUGAAGGAAGAUGCCAAAGUCCUGGAGGAAUUCCAAUCCCGACUUGUCAUCUUCUUCCUUCAUUUAAGACACGUUGCUCAGAGGUGCUGGACCUGGUUUAUGAGGCAGUAGCAGCGUCCUGCAGCCUGACACUGCUAAGAAACAUCACAGAAAAGCUCCCAGCGCGCUGCGGCCACAUGCAAGGAACGUGUGAGCAUCCACCUCAAAGAGCAAGAAAAUCAUCCCUGCUGUGCACCAUCCAGCAAACACUUGUUCUCCUUUCUCCUUCUUUGUGGUUGUUUUUUGUUUGUUUGGUUUUAGGGGUUUUUGUUUGUUUGUUUUUGUUUUUCACAUCAAUGAACAUUCAUACUAAUGCCUUGAAGUCCCACCAAACCUGUGCUUUAUCACCCUUAACAGCAAACAAGUAUCUGGAUUUUGUUCCCCAGAGUUUAAAAGCUGCUGAUAUGAGGAGCAAAAGCAGAGAGAGAAAUACACUGAUCUGUGAAGGCGGCAGCAAGCUCUGAAGAAAAGUCAUGUGUGGCUCAGGUCAAGGCUUUAGGUACCAAACCAUCUUCCUCCUCAAGUCUCCUAAGAAUUAUUCUGCAAAAGUUAAAAUAAAGCUGAGCUAUUGCACAGACACUGCUCUGGUGGCCAAAGGCUUGGCAAGCUGCUAUAUUUAUUUAUACACCUGAAAUGAUUAUUAGUAAAAUCCCAUCAAAUGGCUUUCUUGUUUCCCUUCAUGCUUUUCUUUUCCUCCAUGGGCAAAAACUGUUUCUUAAUGCUUCACCUGACUCCCAGGCGUGAAAAAGAACAUGGAAACUCAUUUAAACAGAAAAUAGUUUAUUUGCCUAACAUAAUAAAUAGCAGCAUUGAAACCCAGGUUAAUCAUCAAAUCAGUAGUUUAAUCCUCUGGGUUUGAUUCAGUCCAUAAACCCCAUGGGCUGACAGGCAAGAUCUAUAAGCGCGCUUGCAUUCAGACAGAGGUUAUGCCUGGGUGUUCAAGGGCUUCUAUCAUGGUAAUAUGGACUGCUUAUGAAGGUGUUGGAUGCAUAGUUCCUUUAUCACUCCAUUGUCUCACCAUACUGUGCAUUUGUCUAAAAGGAAUCCUUUUAAUGGAGCUCAUGUGGAACAGUGCUCUGAGUAUCCAAGAGGAGAACAAAUGACUCUUCAUGAGCUUCAAAGAACAGCACAACCAGAUUUUUAGACCUCAGAUUCUGCUCAGGUAGCACCUGAUGUGUGCUUGGGGUUAUUUUUUAUGGUGAGAUUGACAUCAGAACCUGUAAGAGCUGAAGGAAAACAAAAAGGGGGGGAAAUACUCCAGAGAAGAUGAAGAGAUGUCUGCAAGACCUUGGCUCAUAUUCCCCCUGCCAUUGCAACCAUCAGAAAGAGAAAAUGGUGCUUUACUUUUAGUAUUUUUUUUUUUAAAAGAGGGCCAUACGUCUGCCCCAGCAACCUUCUCCCUAGCAGCCCAAGAACUUUAACCAGGAGAGGAUAAACAGAAAUACAACACACAACCUCCUCUCAGGAGAAGAGGGGGCAGCAGCGUAACUGAGAACAAGUCCAAAAAACUGCAGACCAAGACAGAAAGAAGUGAAAGAAGUGUCUUCAGUGGCUACUGUCAUGCCCCUCUUAAGCUGUCAAAGGCACGAGUGUGGCAUUGCACAUGAGCUGGUCUGGGAAGCAGAGGGUGUUGUGGCCAGGGAAGCAGAGGGUGCUCUGGUCUGGGAAGCAGAGGCUGCUCUGGUCUGGGAAGCAGAGGGUGCUCUGGUCUGGGAAGCAGAGGCUGCUCUGGUCUGGGAAGCAGAAGCUGCUCUGGUCUGGGAAGCAGAGGCUGCUCUGGUGAGGAAAGCAGAGGCUGCUGUGGCCAGGGGAGCAGAGGCUGCACUGGUCAGGGAAUCAGAGGGUGCUGUGGCCAGGGAAGCAGAGGCUGCUCUGGUCAGGAGAGCAGAGGGUGCUAUGGCUAGGGGAGCAGAGGGUGCUGUGGCCAGGGAAGCAGAGGCUGCUCUGCUCUGGGAAUCAGAGGGUGCUGCAGGAGCAGUGCUUGGCUCAGGGGGCUGUGUGCAGAUCACUCUGUACCCCAGCUCAGAGGGUAAGUCCCACCACUUCUUCCCUUCCCUCUCCACUUCUCAGCCCUCCUGCUUAGGCAAUAAAGAAGAAAGGUUUUAAACCUGUGUGCGGGUGAAUCUCUGGGGAAAAGGUUUAGAUUGGUACCUGCGUGGAGCAAGGGGGUCAUUUCCACUUCUGUUUGCAUUUUUUAAUGUUUGUGAUCUUUUUAAUGUCCAGGUUGAACUUUUUUAGCAAACCAGUGGUGUUUCCUUUUGGCUCUGGGCUGACUCCUCUUAGGACUGUGAGGGAAAAUGUGGAGGUGGUAUGAAGACCAUAUAUGUGCUCACCUUCUUGCCCAGCUCCCCAGGAGAUGGACAGAGGAUCACCUUUCCACUGAGCCUGCUUUAAAUGGAAAACAUCCACGCUCCUCUUGUUGGGGCCCAAUUUAUUGGUGUGAGUGAGAACUGCUAUCACAUCUGGGCUGUCAGGGAUAUUUUGCAGGGGAACAGCUAUUUUUGGCUUUGGUGCUGGCUCUGUUUGGGACUGUUUUGGGCAUGGGAAAAUGCAGCACUUGAGUUAUCUUGAGACCACUGUUGAGGUCUCACCAUGGCUUUACAAGGUCUCCUGGGUCAGGAUUGUUUACUGUGGUCAGUCAGAUACUUGGCAGGCAGCAGAAAGCCAAAUUAAACUUGCCUCAAGUCCAGAAGGUUUGAAAUAAAUAAAAGCUAAAGCCUGUUUCUGGCAGAGCAGUGGCAUCUUGUAGGUAAAGAAACUGAAGCUAGGAAAGCCACUGCAUGUGGGAGUGAAUGAAGCAGGUCAAUAACAUGACUGGGAAUAGGAGAAAAAUUUCCAUCCCCUGGGCCUACAUUUCUUUACUGCUGCACAACUUCACUGUGGACUUACCUCUUUUAUUUAGUUCUCACAGUGAAGCUCUUUUUCCAUUCAUCCAUCCUGCUUAAAUACACACAAACCUUUUUCCCUCUCUGCUCCUUUAUUCUUUAGCCAUUAUAGCUUUAUCUUCACCACUGUGAGCUGGAUGUCGUUUCUCCUUAUUCCUGUUGUAUGGUGUUUUCUCUGGGUGUGACACCUUUAUGUGCUUGGAUGUCUAAAGUUACAUAAAAUCAUCUGUGUCGUGUAAUAAUCCCCUUGCUGGCCAAGCUGGGCAAUAUUUGCCUUCAGUACAACUCCUGAGAAUUUCUCAAUAAAAGUAAAAAGGAGAGAGAGCA